ACAUGGUACCUACAGCCGAUAAAAUUUCCGACCGAAACCCCAAGCAGAAGUACACUGACGCAGACUUCGAUGGGAUCGAACGUGUCCAAGAUAGCUUACUUUCUGUCGGAAUUAAUGAGCCUUAUGCUGAAGGCCCUAGUGAUAAAACUGACAGAGAAAGAGGAGCUGUUACUUCUGAUAAACAAACAAGGGGAUGUUGUAGAAGAUAUUUGGAAUGGCUGACAGAGUCAUUACAUCCAGUCAACUUAUGCCCUGUACUAAUAUGGCCACUUAAAAAACUAACAGCUUUAAUUCUUUUACUGCUGUUUUGGGGGGCAACAUAUACUUUAAUUAGAAAUGAGAUAGCACCAGGAGGAAAUAUUUUCACCUUACUGAUGCUUUUCUUAUUAGCUUACAUUGUGGGGCAACUUGUGUCAUUGAUACGGUUGCCUCCUCUACUAGGAAUGCUACUGACAGGCAUAGCAAUUCGCAAUCUUCAUCUCUUCAAUUUGUCAGGGGUAUAUAUGGAAGUUGUUUCUUCACUGAGGAAAAUUGCUAUGACUGUCAUUCUCAUCAAAGCUGGUCUUGGUUUGGAUGCUGAAGCCUUGAAACGUCUCAGUUUAGUUGUUAUAAGGCUAGCAUUUAUACCAUGUCUGUUUGAAGCAUCCACUGUUGGUCUGGUUUCUCACUACCUGCUUGACUUUCCAUGGCUUUGGGGUUUUCUGCUGGGGUUUGUUCUGGGUGCUGUCUCACCUGCUGUUGUUGUUCCUUCAUUAUUACACCUGCAAGAAAGAGGUUAUGGAGAAGAUAAAGGUGUAGCUACACUGGUUAUCGCAGCUUCUAGUAUUGAUGAUAUAGCUGCUAUCACUGGUUUUGGCGUUAUUUUGGGAUUCAUUUUCUCUGAAGGUAAUGUAACUCAGCAAUUACUUCAGGGUCCACUGGAAGUUGUUCUCGGUUUGGGAUUUGGUAUUGCAUGGGGUGUGGUGUCAACGUACAUACCGCACAGGAAAGAUCCAUAUGUAGUUUACUAUCGAGCUGCAAUGAUUGCUGGAGGAGGAAUAUUUGCAGUUUUUGGAAGUCAGAUUCUUGGUUAUGAUGGAGCAGGAGCUCUUGCAUGUAUUACAGCUGCAUUUGUAGCAUGUUGUGGUUGGAAGGCUCAAGGCUGGAGUGCAGAAUAUAAUCCAGUUUCCAAUAUAUUUUCAGUCAUAUGGGAAAUAUUUCAACCCAUACUGUUUGGACUUAUUGGCACUGAAAUUCUCAUAAGUCAGCUAGAUGGUGGCACUGUGCUACGUGGAAUGGGUGUUCUUUUUGUAGGCCUUUUGGUUCGUGUAUGUGCUAGCUGCAUUGCAACUCUAGGAGGAGCACUGACCCUGAAGGAGCAGCUUUUUGUUGCCAUAGCGUGGCUACCAAAGGCAACAGUUCAAGCUGCUCUUGGACCUGUAGCUCUAGAUAUAGCAAGAAAAAGAGGAGAUGCUUCAGAAGAUUUAGCAUCAAAGUUGCUAACCGUUGCUGUGCUAUCGAUUUUGUUAACUGCUCCUACUGGAGCUGUUGCUAUUUAUAUAUCUGGGCCAAAACUUUUAAACAGGGUGAAAGCAAAAUAUAGUUCACCUAUAGAAGAAGAAACCAAUAUUGCUGAUGUUCCUCUGCGUGAAAUUGCUGCUAGCUGAUUUUUGUGAGGCCAACAAGUCUUUCAUGUUGGAGCACAACAUAGUAUGUUGAAGGGAAAUGUCUGUAUGAUGUGUUUUAUGUCAGUCUGUAUGUAUGUCACUGUUUUACUAAGUGGUACUUAAACAAAACUGAUCGUUAUUUUUAUUAGAAUUUUCAUACAUUUUCACUUAAACAGUAAGAAAUACUCUUUCUGCAGUUUCUGAAAUGCAAAACAAUAGUACAAAGUUGUGUGUUUUUGCUCAUGUUAUUUUAACUUUUGUGUUUUAUAAAUGUGAUGCAUCAUAAUUAAGACUUAACAUAUUCCUGCUGGGAAUAUCUUGACUUCUGUGAUGCAAAAUACCAAAACUUUCAUUGUUGUUGUAAGCAGGAAAUCAGUAAGUCAUAAUAGUCUGUACUUACCAGUUACUUUUGUAAUAAUUUAUGUUCCUUGUUAAAAAUGUAAGAUUAGGUACUUGUAACUCGUUGUUUUAUGUAUAUUUUUAUGUUGUAGUUCAUGAAAUCAAUGCAAGAAAGUUGAGAGACCAAACAGACUUAAACAAGACUUAAAAAAGAAAUGAUUUUAUCAGAUUAACAUAUUUUAAUAUAAAUUCUUAAUAUACAAAAUAGCACUUAUACUGAGUGUGGAAGUAACAAAGGGACUAAAUGCUUUGUUAUGUUGGGAUCAUGAAAUAUUGAAAAUUUGAAUUUUUUCAACCUUUAAUUACUUCAUUAUUUAGGGGAACUUUGCUCUGUUGAAGCCACAAACAGUUUUCUGUCAAUCAGUGAAUCAUACUGUUGAAUCUGGUCAGACGGAAUCUUUCACCAUUUCCACCCAGGAGUUGCAGGUUUGAGAAAGUACCAAUGUAGAAUUGUUCAUUCCCAUGUGACAUAAUGUUGCUGACUUGUGUAAUGUCUCUAUAUGUUAACUGUAUAAUAACUCUACAUUAUGUCAAGUAUAUCAGCUUAAGGUGAAGGUUUAAAUAUGAACAUUAUGAAGCACAAUGCCUAAUUGUGAAAGCUUUUUUUUUUUUUUUUUUUUU